GUUUCAAUCUUAUUUAUUUACUAGUUGCAUGAGAGAGGGGGAAGGGAGAGAUCCUUGUUUUUUUAUUCUUAAUUAGAUCUUUGAUACCUGCUCUUUUUGUAUAUUCACGAUCGGUGGUUCGGACCUUUGCUUUUUGAUAUUUGAUUAUCCAUCAAAUAUUUUUUUGGGUUCUCCUUGAAGUAUUUCAUAGAGAUUCUUACGAAUUCUACUCUGACAAAGUUGGUGGAGGCAAGAUGUUGGAGAAUGGUUUUGAUGGAGGCAAGAUGUUGGAGAAUGGUUUUGAUGGAGGGGAAAGGGAGCCUUCUUUGGAUGCCUUUAAUAAUGAGGUUGAGGCUGACCCUGCUCAACCUGCACCUCUGACUUGGCAACGAAAAUUGAACAGUGAAGAACUUGCUGCAUCAGAGUUCACUCUAACCAUUCAAGAGAUGAUGCAUAUGGCUCCAGUAGGUUAUCGAAUAUGGCGACAUACAAGAGAAGAAGCCUUGAGAGGACAGAAACCAGUCAUGGAUGUUUUCACUAGGCGCCUGUACACAUCUUGCCAAGGCAUCCCCCUAGGUGGCAUUGGUGCAGGAAGUAUUGGAAGAAGCUAUAGAGGAGAGUUUCAACGCUGGCAGCUAUUCCCCACUAUAUGUGAAAAUAAACCAGUUUUGGCAAAUCAAUUUUCUAGCAUUGUUGGACCUCGCACAUGCAGGAGCCUUGUGCAUCAGGUUUUUGUUUCACGCCCAAAUGGGAAAAAAUUUUCUUCGGUAUUGUGUCCCGGGAGGUCAGAAUUGCUCAAAGAGAGUACCCUUUCUGGGAUAGGAUCUUGGGAUUGGAACCUGAUUGGGCAUAGUUCUACAUAUCAUGCUUUGUAUCCCAGGGCAUGGACUGUAUACGAAGGUGAGCCUGACCCAGAACUGAGAAUAGUUUGCCGUCAGAUUUCACCAUUUAUUCCCCACAAUUAUAAGGAGAGCAGUUUCCCUGUGGCAGUAUUUACAUUCACGUUAUUCAAUUCCGGGGACACCAAUGCAGAUAUCACCUUGCUUUUCACAUGGGCUAAUUCUGUGGGUGGGGAAUCCGAAUUUUCUGGAAAUCACUCCAACUCUAAGAUGAAGGUGAAGGAUGGUGUGCAUGGAGUAGUUCUACAUCACAGGACUGCAAAUGGACAACCACCAGUAACAUUUGCCAUUGCAGCACAAGAGAAAGCUGAUGUUCGGGUCUCUGCAUGUCCUUGCUUCAUUAUAUCUGGAAAUUCACUGGGAAUAACAGCAAAAGACAUGUGGCAAGAAAUUAAAAAGCAUGGUUCCUUUGACCACCUUGAUUCUGAUGAAAAACCAGUGCCUACAGAACCUGGAUCAUCUAUCGGUGCAGGGGUAGCAGCUUCUCUGACUAUUGCAUCUCAAAGUGUUGGCACUGUUACAUUCUCAUUGGCAUGGGACUGCCCCGUCGUUAAAUUUUCUAGUGGAAAGACUUAUCACAGGCGCUACACAAAAUUUUAUGGCACAAAUGGGGAUACAGCAUCAGAAAUUGCACAUGAUGCUAUUCAUGAGCAUUGCCAUUGGGAGUCGCAGAUAGAAAAAUGGCAGAAACCUAUUCUCGAAGACAGAAGAUUUCCUGAAUGGUACCCUAUCACUCUCUUCAAUGAGCUCUACUACCUUAAUGCAGGGGGAACAAUUUGGACAGAUGGAUUACCUCCAAUGCAAAGUUUAGUAACCAUUGGAGACACAAAGUUUUCCCUUGACAAAUCUAGAUCAGAAUUCACUAACACAAUUGGUACUAACCAUCAAAAUGAUACUGGCAUGGAUAUUCUCGAAAGGAUGGCAUCAAUACUCGGGCAAAUACACAGUCCAAUUGUAACAAAUUCUUCUUUUGGAACAUAUUUGCUUCAAAAGGGUGAAGAAAAUAUUGGUCAAUUACUCUAUCUCGAAGGGAUUGAGUAUCAGAUGUGGAACACAUAUGAUGUACAUUUCUACUCGUCUUUUGCGUUAAUUAUGCUAUUUCCAAAACUUGAACUCAGCCUCCAGAGAGAUUUUGCAGCAGGAGUAAUGAUACAUGAUCCCAGUGAGAUGAAAUUAUUAUAUGAUGGUACUUUGGUCCGAAGAAAGGUCCUUGGUGCUGUUCCCCAUGAUCUUGGAAAGAAUGACCCAUGGUUUGAAGUAAAUGCUUAUAACCUUCACAACACAGAUAGAUGGAAAGACUUGAAUCCUAAAUUUGCUCUCCAAGUUUAUAGGGAUGUGGUUGCUACGGGUGACAAGUCAUUUGCAAAAGCUGUUUGGCCCUCAGUCUAUGUGGCAAUGGCUUAUAUGGACCAGUUUGAUAAGGAUGGGGAUGGGAUGAUUGAGAAUGAAGGCUUUCCUGACCAGACUUAUGAUGCAUGGUCAGUUAGUGGUGUGAGUGCAUAUACUGGUGGACUUUGGGUGGCAGCCUUGCAGGCUACUUCAGCCUUGGCACAUGAAGUUGGUGACACUGCUUCUCAAGAUUAUUUCUGGCAUAAGUUCAAGAGAGCUAAGGCUGUGUAUGAGAAAUUAUGGAAUGGUUCUUACUUUAAUUAUGAUGAUAGUUCUGGUAGUUCAAGUGCAUCUAUUCAGGCUGAUCAGUUGGCUGGGCAAUGGUAUGCUCGGGCAUGUGGUCUUUCAACAAUUGUUGAUCAUGACAAAGCAAAAAGUGCACUUGAGAAGGUUUACCAUUUCAAUGUCUUAAAGGUGAAGGGUGGGAAGCGAGGGGCAGUGAACGGGAUGCGACCAGAUGGAACAGUUGAUAUGUCAGCGAUGCAGUCAAGAGAAAUAUGGUCUGGUGUCACAUAUUCUGUUGCUGCAGCUAUGAUUCAUGAAGGCAUGGUUGAAAUGGCAUUUAAUACUGCAUUUGGAGUCCAUGAAGCUGCCUGGUCCCAAGAAGGGCUUGGAUAUUCUUUUCAAACCCCGGAAGGAUGGAACACCAAUGAUCAGUAUCGAUCUAUGUGCUACAUGCGCCCAUUGGCCAUAUGGGCAAUGCAAUGGGCCUUGUCACCGCCGAAGCUCUACAAGGAAGAGAAAAAAACAGAAUUGGAGGAACUUCCUUCGUUUAUGUACAACGCUGGAUUCUCAAAAGUUGCAGGCCUUCUCAAGUUGCCAGAACAAGAAACUUCAAAAAGCCUACUCCGGGUUCUUUUCGAUUACACUUGCAGGAGGAUGUGGAUGUAAAACUUGGAAGUUUCUUGAGUAAUUCCCAGUUACAUCUAUUUCUUUAGGUGAUAGUCUAUUGUUGUAGAAGGAAAAUAUUUAUGACUGCAUUACAGAAGACAAUUUGAUAUGAAAAUUUGUAGAGGUUUUUUUUCACUCUCCUGCUUUGAGAACCUCUUGGGUUUCAACUAUACUAAUGUACUCCCUCAGUAUUAGAAAAGGAGGGAGUUUUCUGGGCUGC